ACUAGUCGGUUGCGUCCAUCACUAGUUGCGACCUUUACCACUGUGUGUCUGCUCGCUCGUACGCCUACCUCCUAUCGAUUAACUGUGCGUGUAAACCACGGACUGAGUUAUCUUAGUAAACAAGCAAACUUUCGUACAGAAUACAAUUUAAAAACGACUAAAAUAUUAUAUACUGCAACUACCGUUUUGUAUUACAAACCUUAUGCGAAUGCCGGCAAUUGGUGACACGAGAGACUUAUGUGACGACUUCCAGUGACAGAGACCACGGCCUUAAUAUCCAGUUGUCGAUCAAUCAUCGCCAACCUGCUGCAGACCGACUACAAUUCUGAUUUUCUAGAACGGUUUCCACACACGUUUUUCCGUGCACAUUUUUGACUAUACGUAGCGUCCGACAUGUCUAUAGCCGAAUUCUUGGAUGGCUUUCCAUCCUAUAACGAACGCAAUUUUUGUAGUUUCGUUGCAAAAAAUUGUGGAAACAAGUCUUCACCAGUUUACAUAACAACAAAAGAUCAACCUUCCAAUCAAACUAUUGUUAAUGACAAUUCACACUUGUUAAUCCAGUGUUUACAUAAACAAUGGGAUAAAAAGAAUGGAUGUAAAAAAAGGGCAUUGGUUGAAACGAGUGAAGAAUCUGGCUCAACAUCUAGAAAACGUCCAAGGGUAGAAAAGUGGAUUUGUUACAACUUUAAGUUAUCAAAAAUAAGAAAAAAACGAAGAAAAAACGGGGAUAUUUACGUAAAACCAAUUUUCAACAAAAUCGAUGUAACAAAAAUCUAAUAACUAUAGAUAGGUACAUACUUUAAAUCUUCACAGAAAGUUUAUAUUAGCAUUUUGCCAUUUUAUAUACACCAUUAAAUGUUCAAAAUAUUUUAAUUCAU